AGCUAAGUGUAGAAAAAAAUGUUUGUAAUAUAUUUUAACACCCUAAAAUCAGAGAUAUUCGAAAGAGUUGUGGAAAAGGCGAUAGGAUGAAAGGUGUUCUUACUUUAAGGUGCAACAUGACAGUUUCACUGAUCCACCACAGGGGGAAGAACCACAUGUUAAAGAAGAGAGACAUCUGGAGGGGCAGGCUGGACAAAACACGUCUGUCUGAAAAGCAACGAGUGUUUUUGAAAGAAAAAUGUUUUUAAUUUUUUCCAGUAAACGAAAAGCUACAGACAACAUCCGCGUGGUUAGCUAGCAUAGCAUCCAUGCUAUCUCCUGCUAUGCUAGCUGCGUGUUGACGUUACCGUGUGCAGACGUGCGGCUGUCCUUCGACGGAGCCUGACUCUGGUCCACAAAGACGUUCCGAGAAAGGUCCUCCAAACGUCUUCUGAUAGUUUCUGGUGAUGCUGGAUGAGGUGUCUUGGAGAGCCUGCGUAGGUGGCAUUUUCCCUCGGACGGUUUCUGAACUUGUCUUGCUACCAUUCUGCCUGCAAGCUGGCGACUGCUGAGCCUCAUGUUGGGGAUAGUGCUGAACCGCAGACCCUUAGAGGGGGUGCAGCUGAGGCCAGGGCAGGGCUACAACCCAACCACACAUCAGACGACAUUCUGCACGUGCUGAUGGCUGAGUAUCCUCACAUUCCAUUGCCUUUCUAAGGAAGUGUGAUUGCAUCACAAUCAACUGACACAUCAUGGAAAAGCGCUCUCAUGGAAUACCGCAGAGCUUUGUGAAAACAGUCCGAACUCAUUUUGACAUGCCCGCUGUAUUUAGGCAGAUGAUGUGAAGUGACGCCAUGCAGGCGGCAGCUGGUGGAUAACAACAGAUUUGCAUUAAUCAGCAAAAGGUAAAGGUUAAACUCAGUUUAAUUUGUUGCAAAGAUUAUAGUAGACGGUUUAUCGUUUAUUUAUCUGGAAACUCUGGUUGAGGAAGCUUGGGAUCGCUUCAAAACAGCGUUCCUAGCUAUACUAAAUGAUAUGGCUCCCAUGAGAUCAGUCAGGAUCAAAGCCCGCUCUGAACCGUGGAUCAAUCCAGACCUAUUAGCUGCCAUAAAAGACAGGGACAGAAAAUAUUUCGAAUACCAAAAGUGUAAAACCGAAGUAAAUAAACAACCCAAUAAUAAUAACCUCAAAUCACUCCUUUCAACGCUCAAAAAGCAAUGCAAUAAAUUAAGAAAUAAAACAAACAACCUGACUAAAUCCUUAAAAAAAAAUUAUAUCAAUGACAAAAUAGAGGAAAACACAAAUAAGCCACGUGAGCUCUGGAAAAUUCUCAACAACCAGCUUCCUGGAUGCAGCCAGAAACUUAAAACCAGACUCACCAACAUCAACAUCAAGGAGGGUGAUGCCCUCAUUACAGACAAAAUAGAGGUAGCAAGCAGACUUAACAUCUUUUUCACCAACAUAGCCACAACUCUCGUAAACAAGCUAUCCCAACAUUCUGGUCGCUUUGGUGUAGAACACAUUAAAGCCUUCUACAGAAAGCUAGGAGUAGUCAACAACAAUUUCAAAUUAGAAAUGGUCUCAGCUAACGAGGUGCUUAAUAAAUUGAGCGCGCUCCACCCAAACAAGGCCACCAGCCUUGACAAUAUCCCCUCCAGAUUCCUCAUGGACUCUGCCACCACCAUUGCCCCAAUAAUCACUCAUAUAAUAAACCUCUCAAUCAAACAAGGCCAAGUACCCAAGGAUUUCAAGAUAGCUAGAGUAACCCCCCUUUAUAAAAAAGGAAGCAAAUUAGAACCUGGUAACUACCGACCUGUUUCUAUUCUCAGUUCCAUUUCGAAAGUAAUGGAGAAAAUAGUUUAUGAACAGGUUGAUAGAUACCUUGCUACUAAUAAACUAAUGUACAAAUUCCAAUCCGGCUUCAGAACUAACCACUCCACUGACACAUGCCUUCUCUAUCUGACCGACCACAUCAAACAUGAGGUGGACGCGGGCAAAUACUGCGGCAUGGUCAUGCUGGACAUUCAGAAGGCCUUUGACACCGUUAACCACGCUAUACUGUUUGAUAAGCUCCGAGCAAUCGGAUUCGACGAAACCUCAUCAAGCUGGAUGCAAUCUUACUUGGAGGGGAGGAAACAGGUGGUAGAGGUGAACAGCACCAUGUCCCCUCCCCUCUCAGUAAGCUGUGGAGUCCCUCAGGGGAGUAUACUAGGACCUUUACUGUUCCUGAUAUACGUGAAUGACAUGCCAUCAGCAUGCCACUGUGAAUUGUUCCUGUUUGCGGAUGACUCGGCCCUGCUGGUAUCCGGCAAGGACAAGUCACAGGUGGAACAAAUCCUCAGUGCUGAACUCCUCAAUAUUUGCACCUGGCUCGCUGACAACAAGCUAUCCAUACACUUAGGUAAAACGGAAUCCAUCCUAUUUGGGUCCCAUAUCAAACUUAAGAAGGUCAGUGACUUCACUAUAAAAGUGGGUGACAUUGUUAUCACCAGGAAGGAUGAGAUCACCUACCUAGGUUCCAUUCUAGAGGCUAAUCUUUCCUGUGAUAAAAUGGCAACCAAGGUGAUCAAAAAGGUCAACCAAAGAACGAGAUUCCUCUACAGAAUCUCCUCUCUGGUCAACAAAAACACCUUGAGGAUUCUAGCGGGAACUCUCAUUCAACCCUUCUUUGAUUACGCUUGCACCUCCUGGUACCCCAGCACCUCCAAAACCCUCAAAUCUAGACUCCAAACAUUCCAGAAUAAGCUAAUCCGGUUACUUUUAGACCUCCACCCCAGAUCACACCUCAAUCCAACCCACUUCUCCAAAGUGGGCUGGCUCAGGGUGGAGGACAGAGUAAAACAACUUGCACUGAGCCUAGUCUAUAAAAUCCGCUACACCUCCUUGAUACCGAAGUACAUGUCAAACUAUUUCCUUAACGUAAAUGACCGCCAUAACCACAACACCAGGGGGAGCUCCACAAACCACGUUAAACCCAGAUUUCGAUCUAACAAAGGUCUUAACUCAUUCUCUUUCUAUGCCACAUCAAUGUGGAAUGCACUCCCAACAGGUGUAAAAGUAAGUGCAUCUCUAUAUUCCUUCAAAACCGCUCUAAAACAACACCUCCAGGCAACUUCAACACUUUACUAAUACCCUCCUCCAUUCACAUCCCAUCUCCCCGGAUUAUAAACAACUCAAAUGUACUUCUAAUGUAUAUACUUGUUCUUAUGCUAUCUGAACUCACUAUGUUCUCUGCUGGCUGUACAUAUCCUACUAAAUAAGACCUACACUGUUUCAAUGUCCACAUUUCUCUUUUGAUGCAAUUGUUGAUGACUGAAGUUCUGAUAUCAACCAAAGCUCCUCAUCCCACCCCCCGGAUUGUAAAUAAUGUAAAUAAUUCAAUGUACGUACUAUGAUGAUUAACUUGUGUGAUGACUGUAUUAUGUUGAUAGUAUAUAUUUGUACCAUGAAUUGAUUAACGUGGACCCCGACUUAAACAAGUUGAAAACUUAUUCGGGUGUUACCAUUUAGUGGUCAAUUGUACGGAAUAUGUACUGUACUGU